CAUUGACCGCUGCGAAAUAGGCCACGGGCCAGAUGUGGGGUGGUAGGACCUGGACCUUGUCCCGGCUGUGGGGGUUGUGGCCAACAGGGGUCCUCGGACGGAGACCGCUGAGCUGCAAUGCUGCGUCGCUAAAAGGAAACAGCUCCCCCCAGUGUUGGAACUGCGGCGGCCCAGGGGACCUCAUUCGGGGGGACGGGUUCUUCUGCCCACAGUGCCGGGCUCUGCAGCCACCUGACCCCACUAGAGACCACUUCAGCCUUAUGGACUGCAACCGUUCCUUCAGAGUUGACACUACAAAGCUCCAGCAUAGGUACCAGCAACUACAGCGUCUAAUUCACCCAGACUUCUUCAGCCAGAGGUCUCAGAGAGAAAAGGACUUCUCAGAGAAGCAUUCGACCCUGGUGAAUGACGCCUAUAAGACCCUUCUGGCUCCCCUGAGUAGGGGACUAUACCUUCUAAAGCUCCAUGGAGUAGAGAUUCCUGAAGGAACAGAUUAUGAAAUGGACAGGCAAUUCCUCAUGGAAAUAAUGGAUAUCAAUGAAAAGCUCGCAGAGGCUCAAAAUGAAGCUGCCAUGAAAGAGAUUGAAUCUUCUGUCAGAGCAAAACAGAAAGAAUUGACUGACAGUGUGAGCAGAGCUUUUGAACAAGAUGAUUUUGAAAAAGCCAAGGAAAUUUUAACAAAGAUGAGAUACUUUUCAAAUAUAGAAGAAAAGAUCAAGUUAAAGAAGAUUCCCCUCUAAUUGUUGCUAGUUUUAAAGUUUUAAAAAUAAAGUUCUUAUAUAUUUCUUUGCUGGCUUCUACUAAUUGAGACUAGAUAUGCUUUAACUGCUUAUGUCAUCUUAAUUAAACCUGUGGCUGAGGCAUUAACGGAUGGCAAAGUUUUUCAUGCCAGCAGAAACAGCCUAGCUGGAGUUUGAGUGGUCAGUGAUGCUGAUACACCAUGCCUCCAGCUAGUCCAGUGGAAGAAGAGGUGGGGGUAGGGCCUAUUUGAGGCCCUAGACGAGGGGUUUGGCAAAUCUGUUCUGCAAAGGGCCAGGAAGUAAAUAUUUUAGGCUUUGUGGGCCAUACCUUCUGUGUUGUAACUACUCAACCUGCCACUGUAGCACUUUACUUACAAAACAGGCAUUGGGGUAGAUUUGGCCAUGGGCUUGCCAGCCUUUGCCCUAGAACCCCACCUUCCUUCACUGUUAGUCUUCUUAGCAUGGCCUUCAGGGCAUCCUGCUUGGUAACCAUGCAAAGCUGCCUAAUAGUCUCUGGCUUACAUUUCAAAAUGUAGUUAAUACUAUCAAGAAUCACUCUGGUGUUAAGUACUAACCACAUUUUCAGCUCCACCUUGGGAGAGAGCACUUUUAAUUUCUCUGGACAGUUGACAACCUCUUGUCAUGAUUCCCAUGCUCUUCUAACCCAGCCUGAAGCAACUCCACUUCCCCUUUUGGAUCUUUGGAAAUUCAAUUUGAGUUCUUGAUUCAUUUCCAGAAAGAAAAAAAGUAUUUUUUUUAAGUCUCUGGAU